AUGCCGGCGGCAGCUGGGGACGGGCUCCUGGGCGAGCCGGCGGCGCCCGGGGGCGGCGGGGGCGCCGAGGAUGCGGCCAGGCCGGCGGCGGCCUGCGAGGGAAGUUUCCUGCCGGCCUGGGUGAGCGGCGUACCCCGCGAGCGGCUCCGCGACUUCCAGCACCACAAGCGCGUGGGCAACUACCUCAUCGGCAGCAGGAAGCUGGGCGAGGGCUCCUUCGCCAAGGUGCGCGAAGGGCUGCACGUGCUGACCGGCGAGAAGGUGGCCAUAAAAGUCAUUGACAAAAAGAGAGCCAAAAAAGACACCUAUGUCACCAAAAACCUCCGGCGAGAGGGGCAGAUCCAGCAGAUGAUCCGCCAUCCCAACAUCACCCAGCUGCUUGAUAUCUUAGAGACGGAAAACAGCUAUUAUCUGGUCAUGGAGCUGUGUCCUGGAGGCAACCUGAUGCACAAGAUAUACGAGAAGAAGCGGCUGGAAGAGUCGGAAGCCCGCAGAUACAUCCGGCAGCUCAUCUCCGCGGUGGAGCACCUGCACCGGGUGGGGGUGGUCCACAGAGACUUGAAGAUAGAAAAUUUGCUGCUAGAUGAAGACAAUAAUAUCAAGCUGAUUGACUUUGGUUUGAGCAACUGCGCGGGGAUCCUGGGCCACUCGGACCCGUUCAGCACGCAGUGUGGCAGCCCCGCCUACGCCGCACCGGAACUUCUUGCCAGGAAGAAAUAUGGCCCCAAGAUCGAUGUCUGGUCCAUAGGUGUGAACAUGUAUGCCAUGUUGACUGGGACCCUGCCUUUCACAGUGGAGCCUUUUAGCCUGAGGGCUUUGUACCAGAAGAUGGUGGACAAGGAAAUGAACCCCCUCCCCACCCAACUCUCCACAGGAGCCAUCAACUUCCUGCGCUCUCUCCUGGAACCUGAUCCUGUGAAGAGGCCCAAUAUUCAGCAGGCACUGGCCAAUCGCUGGCUUAAUGAGAAUUACAUGGGCAAAGUGCCAUGUAAUGUCACCUAUCCCAACAGGAUUUCCCUGGAAGACCUGAGCCCGAGUGUAGUGCUGCACAUGACUGAGAAGCUAGGCUACAAGAACAGCGACGUGAUCAACACCGUGCUCUCCAACCGCGCCUGUCAUAUCCUCGCCGUCUACUUCCUCCUAAAUAAGAAACUCGAGCGCUAUUUGUCAGGGAAAUCCGACAUCCAGGACAGCGUCUGCUGCAAGACCCAGCUCUACCAGAUAGAAAAGUGCAGGCCCAGCAAAGAGCCCUAUGAGUUGGCUUCUGAUUUGAAGGAUAAAAAGCCCAAAGAACAAGAAAAAAGAGGGGAUUUUCUUCAUCGGCCAUUUUCCAAGAAGUUGGACAAGAACCUGCCCUCGCACAAACAGCCCUCUGCCUCCCUCAUCACGCAGAUUCAGAACACCAAGGCCCUGCUGAGGGACCGGAAGGCCCCCAAGUCCGGCUUCCCCGACAAAGAUUCCUUUGGCUGCCGCAAUAUUUUCCGUAAAACCUCAGACUCCAAUUGUGUGGCUUCUUCUUCCAUGGAGUUCAUCCCCGUCCCACCUCCCAGGACCCCCAGAAUUGUCAAGAAACCAGAGCUCCCUCAGCAGGGGCCUGGGAGCGCCAGCAUCCCCUCCAAGGAAGACCCCUUGAUGCUGGAUAUGGUCCGCUCCUUCGAGUCUGUCGACCACGACGACCAGACGGAACUGCUCUCCCCGUCCCAUCACUAUAGGAUUCUAAACUCCCCCGGGGGCUUGGCUCGUGGGAAACCCAGUGAGCGGAUGCUCUCCCCAGUCCUGCUGCCUGGAAGCCCGUCACCUCUCCAGACUCCUUUGCAUCCCACUCUGGUCUCCUUUGCUCAUGAAGACAAGAACUGCCCCCCAAAACAGGAGGGCGUGUGUUCCCCACCUCUGGUUCCUGGCAACGGCACCACGCGACCCCUGGGGAGCCCGAAUUGUGUGACAAGCCGAGGCAGGUUCCCCAUGAUGGGCAUCGGACAGAUGCUGAGGAAGCGGCAUCAGAGCCAGCAGCCCUCUGCAGACAGGCCCCUGGAGGCCAGCAUGCCCCCGCUGCAGCCCCUGGCCCCUGUGAGCCUCUCCUUUGACAUGGCUGAUGGCGUCAAAAGCCAGUGUUAACCUGGGCCAGCAGCGGACUGUGGGUCUUCCUAAGGGAAGCAAUGCAACAGCUCCACAUGUCCAUUGGGGUGGGAAGAUUUUAAGGCCUCUUGCAGAGCAUCCUUCGUGGCCUCGUGUCUUCCUGCCAUGCAGUGUCCCACCUGUGGAACAGGUGAAAUCCACAGACCCAAAGCCUGCACCGCCCAGUCUUGUGUAGGGACCCCUGGAGAUGCUGGAAUCCCCUAGGAGGGCUGUCUACGGGUGCACCAGUGUCGUUCAUGUCUUCGUGCCUCCUGCCUACUCACUGGCCCUCCACCCACCUCCCUCAGGGGUGAACACCAUCCGUUGGUCUCCGGGCGACUCAGAUUACAGACUGGUACCAGAUCUUUCUUCACUGUGUGCUCUGCGUGUGCCUCUCAGCGGAUCAGUCUCUUUUCAGCCAUCGGCCAUCGUCACAUGGCAGUGUCACAAAGCAGUUCCUCCAGACCACGGUUCCCCUUCCUCCCGUAGAGGUGAAUACCUAGAGCCCGGGCCCCAGGAACCUCAGAGGAAGAUAGGCAGCAGCCUCUGCCACCAAUACUGCCCCCUCUGAGUGAAAAGGGACAGCUUGGCAAAGACUGAUCCAAACAGUGGGGACCCCAGUGAAAGGAAAAGACCAAAGGGGGCACUCAUUUCUGAACUAAGAUUUUUUUUUUAAUUAGGAAAAUACCUUUAUUAUUUUUGAAAUGUUCCAAUAUUCAAUGUAAAAACCUGAAGCAAGAUUUUGACAGUUUUUUUGUUGUUGUUGAAACUUGCUAAUGGUUAGAUUGUCUCCUCCAAAGAUGAUUUUUCUUUAUGUGUUGUCAUUAAAUUGAAGUAACAUAAUUUUUAAAACCUGAUGAGAGAGAAGAGAAGUGAUUCCACCAAACUCAUAUUUUCACGAGAGGAUGAGCAUGGGCAUGAAAACUCACCCAGGUGGUGUGUUUGUGGCUGGUCACCCUGGUGGCCUAUGGUGACUGAAGGCCCUGGGUUUGUACCAUUUGUAUCACCUUAGCCCUGAUCCUUCCAGAAGGCGUAGAACAUAGUUUCAGUUGGUUAUUUAGAAAGACAGAAAAUGGUUCAGGUUGAAUUUGGAUGCACCUGGAAGGCAUGUUAUCUUUACACUGUCCAUAAAACAAGCGUGAUUUAGAGCUCAACUAGUUUGCUGUGACCUAUGAGUGGGCUUGCCUACCAGGGAUCAUGUUCAAAAUAACAGCACUGUGUCUUCUUUGAGGAAAGCAGGCUUCCUCAAACAGGCUUUGAGUCUGCGUUCUGUUUUCACACCUUUUGCCAAGGAUCGAACCAAAGAUGCAUCUCCGGUUCUGUGUCCAUGCCGUCCCUAUGUGCGUGUUUUGUGGAACCCAGCGUUGUCUGACCGUGUCUAGUUGGAGCCUGCCAGGGGGGUGACUCCAUGUGGGGCUUGGGCCCUGGCACUUGGUGGGAACCGCUCGGUCAUGAGCGGAAUUGGGAAAAGAAGAAUAAUUGGCACAUGUUGGAGAGCGGUUAAUUCAGGAGACAGGUGACAACAUGGCGUGGAGUCCUCAACUGUUGACUAGAGCAGGUGUGACAGAAACCACCACUUUGGCCACCCCAGGGCCAGUCCUCUCAGCUCACUGAAAUAGGCCACGGCCCUUGAGAACUGCAGAACCUGCUUUCGUUUCUACUGGCAGCCAGCCCAUGCCAGACAGUGCAGGGUGCUUCUUCAUCUUUGCUCAUUGACCAGUAGUGACCUCCCUCUGCCCCAUACGUCCCUGACUGAGCAAAGAAAAAGAGGAUAUUUGGCUGACCCCCAAAGCCACUGCAAUGCCCAGUCUUGGCUGACCUUGACAACACCUGGAGUUGCUGCUUCCCCCACGAUGGGAUUGCCCCAGCUCUAGGGUUUUUGAGGAGGGAGUCAGACUCCUGGCUGUGGGUGUGAUUUCUUUGUAUGGCUGCAGACUGGAUUCUGGAAUGUUCCAUGGAAAAGAGCUUUUUAAUCAGAGAAGAGAAAAGAAGCAUCUGAAAGAGACCCUUUCUCCAUUUGACAUGAAAAUGUUUGGUUUGGGAUCAGUGAAGAAACCUUCUUGGAAGAUGGUUUCCAGCUGCAGGCAUCCCGCCGUGCAGGUUCCCCGGCUGUGUACCUGUGCCUUGUGAACUUGUAGCCCUUGAUGUCUCUUUCUUGUAUUUUACUUUCCUCGAGAACGUGAGCGUUUCUGUGUCACUGUUAUCUCAUUGGGACUCAUUGGGACAUGUUUCCCGUUCCUCAAAUGCUUCAAGAACAGCUGCAGACUGUCAUACAAAGAACUGACCAUGUUACCAUUGGUAACUUGAACUACGAACUCAGGUUUAUUCUGAACCCAGUGAAAGGUGAGGGGGAGUAAGGAAGGGGGGGGGUAAACUGUAUUUUUUGUGUGAGCACCUGACAAAUCUAUGAAAUCGAAUGAAAGAAGAAAUGUUAAAUUGUUUAUUAUUUUAUUAUAUUUAUAUGGAAAACUUGACUCUGCCUUUGGUAAGUACAAAGCGUGUUGUCUCUUUGACCCAUGACUGUCUCUCAUUAGUCAGCCCCUGUGUUCUCGGUCAGCCUGUAGUUACUGAUGGAAAUGAUUGAAUUGUCAUCGUGUGACGUCCAGGUGGAAAAGUCAACCUUCAUUGUACAAUUUGGUCAUAAGUAAGGACUGUAUUUAUGUGACCAUUAUUAAAUGUAUGUACUUUUAUAAUGACUGUGAAAUACACUUUUCCCUCACUA